UCGUGGUCUCACGUUAACACUUCUUUUAUGAUGAUGCCUAGAAUGGCAUCUAUGCGCCAAUUGACUACGACUUUUGGGAUCAACUGUUCAACGAUCCACAGGAAGGCUGGAAGUACUACAGGUCACAAUACACACAGGCGGAAGCUGGCCACUGUGGUGGACAGCAAGAGUUCGCACUUUGACACAACAUAUGAUGUGGUAGUAGUCGGCUCUGGUGGUGCCGCGUUAGUGGCUGCUGUCACGGCGGCCAAGAAACAUGGGCUUAGUGUUCUGGUGACUGAGAAAUCAAGGUGGUUUGGAGGCACUACGGCCUUCUCUGGAGGCGGCGCAUGGAUUCCUGCGAAUCAUCUUCAACCGAGUCUAGGGUUUUCAGACAGCAAAGAGAAGGCCGAAAAAUACAUCCGUGGGAUGAUGGGAGAGCUUUAUGAUGAACGAACAGUCGCGAGCUUCCUAGAAAAUGCCCCGAAAAUGGCCAAGUGGCUUGAAGACGAAACAGCGCUUGGAUGGACGGGAGUGCCUAUGGUUGAUUUCUACAGUUCCGCCGAGGGAGCAGUUCCGGGACGAAUGCUUCUGCCCAAGUCUUUCGAUGGUCGUAAGCUUGGUCGGACGGUUCAGGACAUACGAUACACAUUGCAAGGUUGGAAAGCCUUCGACUCGAUGCAAGUCUCUGCGGAAGAGAUUCCAAUGAUGACACAUCCUUUCGCAAGCCUUGGAAGUUUCAUCCAUGUCGUGAGCAAGCUGCUACGGUACUGGAGAGACAGAAUACGCCAUGGGAAAGGGACUUUCCUCGCCAAUGGUAAUGCAAUGAUCGGCAGUUUGAUAUAUACGCUACAACAAGUGAAAGGCGAGCUAUGGAACAACUCACCCGCCACCAAAAUCAUCAUGGACGGCGGCCGAGCUACAGGAAUCGUCAUCGACCGCAAGGCCCAAGGCUCCGUCCGUGUGCGCGCGAGUAAGGGCAUCGUCCUGGCCAGUGGAGGCUUCGGACGGGCAGGACAGGCGCACUUAUAUGGCCCGCGUGAAUACUGCAUGUCCCCCGCAAGCAAUUUGGGAGACGGCAUACGCAUUGCCACCGACGUCGGCGGCACCUUGUCAAAGCCAAUUGCUGACAGCGCGCUUUAUGUACCGAUUUCAACGUACCGUCCCAAAACGGGACCGGUUCGACUAUUUCCUCACUUUGGUCAGGAUCGCAGCAAGCCCGGCUCGAUUAUAGUGGAUGUCCAUGGAAAACGAUUCAUUAACGAGAGUGAAGGAUACCACCAAUUUGGGCAAGAAAUGCGUGCAUUAAGUAUGGACCACUGUUAUUGCAUCGUCGACAGGCGUUUCUUGCGAAAGUACGGCCUCGGGUUUCAAUUACCUGCUCCCUACCUCCUUAGCAGGACACUCUCGCAACGAUAUUGGGUGUCGGCUCCGACAAUCCCUGAGCUGGCGAAAAAGCUUCACCUUCCUGUCGACAACUUAACGGCAACGGUGCGGAGGUUCAACAAAUAUGCUAUUAAAGGGGAAGAUCCCGACUUCCACCGGGGUGAACGGUUAUGGGACAAUAUGUUUGGAGAUCUCGAGAACAAGCCGAACCCGAACCUACGACCCUGUGAUCAGGCGCCCUUUUAUGCUGUGAAGUUAUAUCCAGGCAAUGCGAGCACGCUUCACGGUUUGGAGACCAAUGAAUAUGCUCAAGUUCUCGACAAGGCUGGAAGCCCCGUGCCAGGUCUCUAUGCCUCCGGCAAUGACAAUAAUUCCAUCUGGCGCGGUACCUAUCCCGGGGGCGGUUCUUCUAUAGGCCCUGGAACUGUGUUUGGAUAUGUAGCCGCAAAUCAGAUCGCGUCACAAUGA